AUGGUGGCAGAAUAUGAUAGGUGGAACUGCUCCGGAGGAAGCGUGGAAAAACGACUUCCUAGAGAAGGGUUCAUGGAAUUGGCAGAAGAGCUUCGUCUGUUUAUUUCACCAAAUCCUUUAUCGCCAAAUUAUCGUGCAUUGUCCACUGAGAAAAAACUGGCAGUGACUUUAUAUUAUCUCAAAGAUACUGGUUCCCUUGCAAUGACGGCCAAUACUUUCGGGAUUGCAAUAAAUACAGCUUCUGUUCUCAUCGGAGAAGUAUGCAAGGCAAUUUCUGAAAACCUUGGACCGAAAUACAUUUACAUGCCUUGCAAUUGUGACGAAAUGAGAAAAAAACUACAAGCCAUUUGCGAUUACAGAGGGCAAUUCAUGGACAUAGAAUGUGUAUGGCCCGGAAGUGUGCACGAUGCUAAGGUGUUUGCUAAUUCCUCUGUUAAUCAUAGGCUGCAAGGUAACAAACUCCCAAGAACCUUUCAAUCAGUGGUUCCUGGCUGCAACCUUGUACCAAACUACCUCAUAGGGGACCCUGCAUAUCCUUUAACACCUUUUUGCAUCAAAGAGUAUGAAAGCUGCAAAAGCAAUGAACAGGUUGUUUUCAACCAAAUGCUAAGAUCAGCAAGAAACCCAGUUGAGUGCGCCUUUGGGCGUCUGAAGGCACGUUGGUCAAUCCUAACAAGGACAAUGGACUUAUCACUGAACAUAAUACCUACUGUCGUUUAUGCAUGUUUUACACUGCAUAAUUUUUGUGAGAAGCACAACACAUAUGUUAACCCAGAUCAGGUACAAACACAAUAUGAUUUAAUGCAAGCAAAUGAGGAAGAACAUAGGAACUUACCUGACCCAAUUUUUUCUACCAACACUGAUGAAGGUGACACUAUUCGCAAAGUGUUGACAUCCUAUAUCUAUACCUGCCUUCCAGAUCACUUAACAUAG